UAGUAAAGAUGGCCGCGGCGUUGGUACAGUAUGUGGUGCUUCGUGGGGACCUGCGUUCCGGGAUGGGGUGGCCACUAGGAGCCUUGGUGGCUCAGGCUUGUCACGCUGCCACGGCUGUCAUUCACUUGUAUUAUCAGCACCCGCACACCCAGGCCUACCUGCAGGAGCUGGGGAGCAUGCACAAGGUGGUGCUGGAGGUUUCCGAUGAAGCAACAUUGACCACCCUAGCGGAAACUUUGAAACAAGCAAACAUAGAUCACAAACUGUGGAUUGAGCAGCCAGAGAACAUACCAACUUGUAUUGCUAUUAGGCCGUAUCCCAAGGAGGAGGUGCACAAAUACCUUAAAAAAUUCAAGUUGCUUAAGUGACUGCUGCUGCUGUCUGCAGGUGUAAUUGGUUUCCUUGCUGAGAGAACAUUCAUCGUCUGCUACUCUGUGCCAGCAAUAGGGGAGCCGGCGUUAGUGCUUGGUGACUGAGCUGUGACAAUAUUGUAUGGGUCGUUCCAGUCUGUGCCCUCCUUGCUGAUCACAUACGAGGCUGGAUGGAAACUAACAGUUGCUUUGUUUUUUUGAAGGACAUUUACGUUUUCAGUAUAAAAAAAACGUUUUUAGUCAGAAGGAAGCUCUUAAAGGGGCGUGUGACUCUGUAAAGUGUGUAUAAUAAUGGUUUAAUUUAAAAAAAUAUAUAUAUUGGUAAAGGAAUCAUCUGGGGGUACAAGAACUGUCUGGAAUAUAUUCAUAUAACAAAGAAAUGGAAGAGUCACUAUUUUAAUCCAUUUUAAAAGGAUAUAACAUUCAAAAGAUCCAUGUGAAAGGGUACUAAAUGUGAUAACAUAUAUUUCUUCUUAGGUGAAGUUUUAAAGGGUUAUUAUACUGGGACAAUGACACUAAUUUGUUUGAGCAUGUCAUUUUAGCACUAGCUAAAGGGGUUAAACACAAUUAAGGGAUAGAAAGGUCAAAACUGAUAUGUGGAUUUAAAUUUAAAAUAAAAUCAUGUUUGCAAUGUA